CGAUCACAGAUGUUCGCGAACGCGGGUACAAGUCCUACUGUUCACUAGCACUGGGAGAAAAUGUCGCAGAGAGAUUCUCCUCGCGAGAUGACAAACUCGGUGUUUUACUAAGUCGUCAAGGAUGGUACUUCUGCAGUGAUGGAACAGAAUGGCAAGAUGAGACUGUGUUCCGAGUUGCGGUCUUCCUGAGGGAGAUCCUGAGAGAUGAAUAAACUUCAGUAUCAUGAACACCGCCUAUUUAGAAUCUUUACACAUUUGUUUCUGCUGCUUCUUUCUGCCACUGUGGGGCCUGGUGUACAUAGAUGAGCACCUGAAGAAGCAGAUUGUGGGUGUGGGCGAGACGGCGCGCUUCGUGUGUCUGACGGCCAUCCACCCCGCCGACGUGCAGCAGGUGAUCGUCGUGUGGACGCAUGACGGCGUCCCCGUCAACCUGACCCGACACAACAAGUACUCGUACCAGCGCCACGCCAACCAGCACAUCCUCGUCAUCGAGCACACCGACUACCGCGACUCCGGCGAGUACUCGUGUCAGGCCAAGGCGGGGACUGUGGAGGACGUGUCCACGGCCCAUCUCACGGUGCUAGGGGUACCGGAACCACCCAAGAACCUCCAACUGAUCAGCUGUCACGGCCAGUCCGCCGAACUGGUCUGGGAUCCGGGAGACGAGCAUGGCGCGUCUAUUAGAAUGUAUACGGUACAGUUCAACGCGUCUUACCAACCAGACACGUGGCAUGACUACUCCGAGCCAUUUGACGGGGAAACAGCCAACGCCCUUGUCUCGGUUUCGCCCUGGGGCACCUAUGCAUUUACAGUUAUUGCCCAUAACAGUGCCGGGCCAAGCGAGCCCAGUAACGUGACGUCAUCAUCUUGUUCGGCACCUCCGGACAAACCCGAUCGCAAUCCGAAGAACGUGCAUGCAAGAACGGAUACAAAAGGGAAGCUGGUUAUAGAAUGGCAACCCAUGGAACGCCUAUACCAGCAUGGCCCUGGUUUCCGGUAUCACGUAUUUUGGCGCCAGAGUUCCAGUACAUACUGGAACUCUGCAUAUCAAAACGACGCCGCCGCCGAUUCGUACGAAAUUGACGUGGACACUGUGUACGGGUUGUAUGACAUACGGGUUAAAGCCGAAAAUGACCUCGGAGAAUCACAUCAACCAGCAUUUGUUUUCAAAGGUCACUCUGGGGAAGAUGAGCCCAUCGUUGUACCAAAGGAUUUUCGACUGGAUCGAAGUCGUCCACUUACCUCGAGUACAGCGCAUUUUAUCUGGGAAGCAGUGGAAACGUCAGUGGAUAAAAUACAAGGACACUUUGAAGGAUAUAGGCUCGAGUACUGGAAGUCAAGUGAAGGGCGGCACAAGAUGAAACAGACUGACAUUAUUGUCCCACACGAACAGAAAGAUGAACCGGAUGUGAGGGCAGCCAUAUCCGGUCUUCCGUCGUACACCGCUGUGAGGGCGCAGGUGGUGGUUGUUAACACACACUACUCCGGACCACCGAGUCAUAUCAUUGACUUCUUCGUGCCUGAAGGAGUUCCAGAGAAGGUACGCCAGCUUCGCGCCGAAUCAGUCGGGAUGACGUAUGUACUGCUCAAGUGGUUGCCCCCGGAGAUCCCUAACGGGGUUUUGGUUGGUUACCAUAUCGACUAUCAGCAAGUUGUCAACGUAAGUCUUGGGCCGGUAAUUCCGCUACACCCUGAAAUUAAGAACCCUUCCACGCUGGGCGCACGAAUCACGGGACUAGAGCCUCAUCACUCAUACAGAUUCUAUGUGUCCGCGAAGACAAAAGUAGGGCUUGGGUCACCAGAUGUUGUCGAUAUCCGUACAGUGAAUGGAACACUGACAGAGGCAAGCAAAGAAGCUAUACCGAAGUGGAACAUGCAAAAGAAAAAAGCUUCAAUAUCAGAAGGUCGGCAAAUCGUGGGUUCCAUGGUUAUGCUCUUUGUCCAGAUUCUGGUUAUGUAUCUAGGAAUGUGAACUCUUACAGACCAUGUAUGUUCUGGUUUUAGUCCUAACCCAGAUGUGCUAGCUGUGUAUCUAGGAAUGUGACCUCUUACAGACCAUGUAUGUUAUGGUUUUAGUCCUAACCCAGAUGUGCUAGCCGUGUAUCUAGGAAUGUGACCUCUAACAGACCAUGUAUGUUCUGGUUUUAGUCCUAACCCAGAUGUGCUAGCCGUGUAUCUAGGAAUGUGACCUCUUACAGACCAUGUCCUUUGUAAUCCCUUUUCAAGUGCUAGUGUAACAGACACAUCUACAUCCACUGAUGGGAUUAAGAUCAUAUUUUCUGUACAGUGCACUAUCACCUGAGUCAAUAGGAAGAUCCCCAUUAACUACUGCCAGAAGGAGUACACGACUAGUACUUAAUCCUCAUGUGAAGUUACGUCCCGGAGAUGUGGACUACGGGCAAUUGAAUUGUUUCAGGUUCUGCCUGUUAUAGUUGCAUUUUUAUGUUAAGAAUACGUCCUGCACCUACGUCGGCUCCAUAUGUAUCAAAUAAAUCAGCAUUCUCUGAGGGGAUUUGAACUAGGAACUCAGUACUAGAAUCCAGCACUUUACCAACAGAGCUAAUCGAGGAAUGUCCACUAGUUACUGCCAGGAGGAACACUUUACACCAACACUACUACCCGUGUGUCUACAUCUAUGACUUGAAGGUUAUUGAUCAUGGAGGGCAUUUUUUCUAGUUACUGCCAGGGGGAACACUUUACACCAACACUACUACCCGUGUGUCUACAUCUAUGACUUGAAGGUUAUUGAUCAUGGAGGGCAUUUUUUCUAGUUACUACCAGGAGGAACACUGUAUACCAACACUACUACCCGUGUGUCUACAUCUAUGACUUGAAGGUUAUUGAUCAUGGAGGGCAUUUUUUCUAGUUACUGCCAGGAGGAACACUUUACACCAACACUACUACCCGUGUGUCUACAUCUAUGACUUGAAGGUUAUUGAUCAUGGAGGGCAUUUUUUCUAGUUACUGCCAGGAGGAACACUGUAUACCAACACUACUACCCGUGUGUCUACAACUAUGACUUGAAGGUUAUUGAUCAUGGAGGGCAUUUUUUCUAGUUACUGCCAGGAGGAACACUGUAUACCAA